UUAUUAAACCUGUUCUUUGACAAUUUUAUAUAUUUGUAAAUUCUUUCUGCUACAGCCCCUACCUUUUUUGUUUUUCCUGUCAUUCCUACCCAUUUCCGUAUGCCUACAAUUCCCUCUUUCUUAAUAAUUUCCUUAACAGUUUUACUGGUUUUAGAUUUCAUAUUUUAAAUUACAAAGUAUCAGCAAAUAUAAAUGAAAAUUUUAUAAGUUUAUUAUUUUAGAAAUUAUGAUUAUGUUAUUUUCCCUUCCCUGCUCCAACCUCUCCCACACACGGUUGCUUAUCUCACAUUCAACCCUGUUUACUUAAUGUUCCCCUCCAUCCAUCCAAAUAUAUAUAUAUACAUGUAUAUAUAUAUAUUUGUAUAUAUAUAUCCCCAUCCAUCCAAGUAUCCAAAUGCAUAAAUAUGACCUGUCCAGCUCUUGUUCAAUGUCUCUCUUACUUGUAUAUAUAUGAUUUCAGGGCUGACCACAAUUCCCUUUGAAGCAUUCAGGAUUUUUUGUUGUUGUUAUUGUUGUUGUUUUGCAGCUCGUUGAAGUUUAACCAGGAUCAUAUGUGUGACCAUGACAUUUAAACAGUUAAUUGGAGCUUGGUUGGUUUCCAGAUGGUGCACAACUGAAGACAUGACUGCCUUUUUUUCAAAGUCCAUCAGUAGCUGGUAGCUUACAGGGAGGAGCAGGUCCCGCAGGCCCCUCCCUGACCACCUGUUGAUAGGCCCUUCCCUCUAUAGACUUGCUGAACAGAGCCACACUGUUUUGAAGUCAUGACAGUAUUGCCUGUGCUUAUCCAGAAGACAGCAUUCACUCUGUCUUCUGAGAUUUCUUUCCUCCCCUCUUCCGUGGUGUUUCCUAAACUUUAGGUAGGGCGGUAUAAAUAUUUGUCAUAUUUAGGGCUGAUAACUCAAACAACCACCUAUUUUCAGCUCCUUCACCAUCUUUUGUCUCUGCAUCCGCCAUUUAGUGUAAAGAGAAAUUUUUUUGAUUGAAGGACAGUAUCCUUUAUGUUUAUUCACGUAAGGGUUUUGUUGAGAAGAAAAAUAAGUUAAUUUUCUAUGGAGAUUGAAAGAUGAAACCACUGAAGUGUGGUCAUAUUGCUAAGUUACACAAGUUACAAAAAGAUACUUCUAUAGUUUGGUUGUGACUUGGGUAUGUAUGUACACCAAUGUGUACACCGUGUGUUUGUAGCGUGGUCCCCAGUGUGCUGCUCAUAGAUGGGGACAAGAUUUUAACAAACACUCACUGUGGGAGCUUGUUACUGGUCCUCCCAGGGCUUUGGACCCUGCCAUGUGUUCUUCUCACACAUAAUUCCACUUGAUGGCAUCUACUGUGAGGGGACAGCAUGGUUGUACUCACAAGGGUCCCGUGCUAUUUGGACUUGCAGGCAGCAACACUGUGAAACAAAUUAUUUUUGUAUAUAUGUGUUUUUAUCCACUGGAACAUGGGACCCCUAACAUUGGGAAUAUCCUCAAACAAACAAACAAACAAACAAACAAACAAACAAACAGAUCCAAAAGAAUGAUUCUCCCACAUCACAACCCUCAACUUCCAGUAAGGGAUGGAACCUUCCCAUCCAUGCCAAAAUUUGGCUUAAUUUUUAUUAUAAUUUUUAUUCUUGAGAAUUUCACACGUGUAUAUAAUCAAACAGGAGCAUGUCUAUUCCUGUGAUUCCCUUCCAAAUUCCCUGAAGUCCCCUAACAAGGCUCCUUCCGAAAUUCACGUCAUCCUUUUUGUUUUUCAUAGCCAACUAAGCCCAACUAGAGUUGCCCAUGUAUGCACAGGUGUGAUGGCUUGAACCAGAACAGCCUUUAUAUGGUUGAAUAUUUGAAUGCUUGGCCCAUAGUUGGUGGAACUGUUUUGGGCAUUAGGAAGUGUGGCUUUGGAGGAAGUGUGUCACUGGGAUAGGCUUUGAGGUUUCAAAAGCCAAUGCCAGGCCCUCAAAAGCCAAUAUCAGGCUCAGUCUCUGACUUUCUCUUGCUGUCUCUGGGUAAGACAUACAUUCUUAGCUGGUGCUCCAGCACUAUACUUUCCUGUUCACUACCAUGCUUCCUGUCAUGAGGGCCCUAGACUCAUCGUCUAAAACUGUAAAAGAGCCCCUCAUUAAAGGCUUUGUUGUAUGAAUUGCCUUGAUCGAGGUAUUUUUUCACAGCAGUAGAAUGGUAACUAAGGCACAGGCAUGGGGCCAUCACUGGUAUGUGAGGAAUCUAUCAAAGGCCAUACAUUUAAAAGAGAAUGGUUCUCUCCUCCAGCAGCAUCAGCUGUUAGGUAGACAUGGGGCCUGAGAACACCUCCCCGUUCAUGUGCUGGGAUUUUGGCUGGGCUGAUGUUGUGCAGGGGGCACUGCUGCUCUUGAGUUGAUGAGUGCCAAAGCAAUGACUUGACCAGGAGACAAUUUCACAGCACGCUCCUCACCUUGCAUAAUUUAUGCUUGAGUCUGUUCCCUGGGCAAUAUUUUGGGCUUUUAUUUGUUGAAGUUUUGGCUGUUUGACUUUGUGAGUUUGCAAAGUAUAGACUGCUUUAGGUCCUUUAGACUUUUAAAAAGUGUAUUUAUUUACUUAUGAUUUGUGUGUAGGUGUGAAUGGACACCUGUGUAUACAUACAUUAAAAACAACUUAUAGGUCUUCUCCUUCUACUAUAGUUUUUUCCUUCUACUAUGUUCUGCAAUAAUGGAGCCAGAUUUCAUUGAGCAUCUAAAUGAUGCUGAUGCUGUUGGAUCUGUGGACCUGAUCGGCUGUGCAGCAUUCUGCUACAACGCACUUCAUAUCCUACCUGGACCUUUUAUGGAAUCAAUGUUUUGGAAUGUCUUAGGUUUUUCAACUAUUAUAAAUCUAAACACCAAAGAAUGGUAUAGGACUUAAGUUUUAGCUUCAUUGAUGAUAGGUUAAAACCAUGUUAUUACUGGGAGUGGUUUACUUACUGAACUCUUCUGACAUUGCUGUGUAUUUUAUUUUGAACACUCCCCAAAGUUAUUUUGAGAAUUAUGCUUCUAUUUUAUGCAUAAAAGGUGAUGCAUGAUUCUAAACAUCUUCCUCAUCUUCCUUAAGGCUUUAUAAUACAGGAUAAAGCUGAAGUGAGUUGAUGUCUAAUCCCAAAGUUUCUUUUUAUAUUGAAAUAAACUGUCUUACAAGGAAGUCUAUUUGGAAAUGAUAUAAAAUUAAUUAAUUAAUUUUAAAAUUAAUUAAUAUAAAUUAAUAUAAAAGUUUUAAAACAAACGUCUUUCAGAAUCCUUUAACUGAGUUUAUGUUUAUCUGGGAAACUAAGCCUGGAAGAGGGCAUGCGAGCCUGAGUCUAUCUGUGUGACUGUCUGCACAGUUUACAUGUGUGCAUGAAUCUGUCUGUGUGGCUGUCUGCACAGUUUACAUGUGUGCAUGAAUCUGUCUGUGUGGCUGUCUGCACAGUUUAAAUGUGUGCCUGAGUCUCUCUGUGUGAUUGUCUGCACAGUUUAAAUGUGUACAUGAGUCUGUGUGGCUGUGUGCACAGUAUCAUGUGUAGCCAUGCAUGCAUGAGUCUGUCUGUGUGACUGUCUGCACAGUUUACAUGUGUAGCCAUGCUCCUCAGCUUGGGGAAGAUGAAACCUUAAGCCAGAGCUGAUGGUUUUAGAUCUAUAAUCCCAGCUACUCAGGAGGCUGGCACAGGAGGAUUACAAGUUCAAGCAUGAGCAACAAAGUUACAACUUGUCAACUUAGUGAGAUUCAGUGUCAAAAUAAAAAGUAAAAAGAAAACUAGGAGUAUGACUCAGUGGUAGAAUGCUUGUUUUGCAUGCCCAAGAUCCUGUGUUCAGUAUGCAGCCCAUCAUAAAAUACAAACUCCUGUAAUUCCUCUUUUAUAAAAACCAGACACUGAAUAGAUGAUUUUGGAGAUUACUUUAAGCUCAAUUGUCCUACUCUAGAUAUAUGUUUAGAUAGGAUGGGUUUGUUUAUAUUUUUGAAAAUAAACUGUGAAGUAGAUUGUGGGGAGCAGAGAAUGAAGUGAUAAAUGGAUGAAACAUUUCCACCAGCAGAUGGCACCAUAACAUUUCUACAGGCUGUACCCUUCCCUAGGCCCAAUCCGAAAGUAGGCUAAUUCGGACACACAGCAAGGGUGGCAGUACACUAUAACCUCAGCACAUGAGUGACUGAAACAGGGGGAUUUUGAAUUUAAGGUCAGCUUAGGCAAUCUAGCAUGACUUUAUGUCAAAUAGAUCUAUCUACCUUAGUUGAAGGUGAACAUAAAAAAGUAUGAAAUAUUUCAGUCAUUAAUUAUCAUGAGGUAAAAUUAUAUAUAUCAAGUAGUAGACGUCAGAUAUAAAAUUAAUAAUAGUAAUCCUUUACGUAUUCUACAGUACCUUCUGCUAAACUCUGUCAUAGUACCUACCCAAUGGAUAUGUAUUUGUUUUCCUAGCCAAAUUGUAAGGUCAAGAGAAAGAAUGUUUUUAAUCUUUGGAGGGGAGAGAACAAAGUACCUGACUGGUGAUUGUCACUCAACAGAUAUUUCUUCCUCUUGCUCACUUCCCAGAAAAUGUUUUGAAGGCAUACAAGACUUUCUGAAUAUCGGUCAACUCAAAGCUUUUUAGUUCUUGUUAGCAAGUACAUUUCAGGCCCAAUCCUAAUGUGUUUGAUGUAUGUUCCAUGGUAUAUUUUUUUAUCAUCUUUCAAAAUAUGUUUUUGCAUAUGUGUUUAAUUUUUCGCUCACAUUUUAUGAUAUGUUCUUGUAUGUGUUUCUCACAUAUACAUUUAAGUUCUGUAUUGUGUGUACACAAGUUCAUUUUGUCUAACAGCUCUCCUGAUUUUACCUACUCGUUUCCCUUCUGAUGAGCAUCUAAGUACUUCAGAAUCCUCAAUGCUAAACUAACUACUCUCAUUCCAGUUACUUUGUGAAUCUUCUUUAAGUUGCCUGAAAGUUUAUGCCCAGGAUGGUAUUGCUGAAUGUCGGAGAAUAUAUAUGCCUAAGUUUUACAAAAUAUUGGCAGAGAACUCUCUCGAAUAGUUGUCGGUUUACAGUCCUAGUAACCUGAAAGAAGUCCCCAGACCCCUCCAUUGAACAAUUAGUGUUGUGCGGUAUUCUGAGUUUUUAGUUAGAUGGGAUAAAGGGAAAACAUUUCUUAACGAAAAACCAAACAAACUCGAUCAGCUGGAAACCUCGUCUAUUAAAGCUGAAGGAAGUCAGGUGUGCAGGAUCAUAGGCGUAAUAACAGGCCCUAGUGCUUGGAAGGUUGAUGGGGGAGGAUCUCUUCAAGUUUAGGGUCAGCAUGGUCUAUGAUGUGUAUUCCAGGUUAUUCUGUGCUAAACAUUGAUAUAGCAUCUCAAAAACCAACCAACUAAACAAACAACGAAAACCAAACCAAAACGCACACAGCAAACUUGCAUAGUUUCCCCAUUUGAUGAUGGUUCUCCGCCAUCUAAACUUUCACUGUUUGUGAUUUGUGUUAAAGUCAGUUCCAGAGUGUAUUGUUAGAUAUCUCUUAGAAUCUGGAAUCUAAUUAUCUGAAAACUGAAUCAAAUAGGUCCAACUUAUGUGUCAUCCUUUGUUUUUCCCCCCUUUGGAACUGUAAAAAAAGGAUUGAAGAGAGAUUCAGGUUAUGUUAACUCUCCACUCCAAAUCAAACUUCAGAUGGUUUCAGUGUGUGGCCAGCGCUGGUAAUCACUGCCCUAGAAUCUAAGGUUUUAUCAUUUUUGCCCAAUAUGUAAACAUGAUUUUAAAUUAAACAUAAAACACUAUUUUACUAUAUUGGCUAGGUUUAAUUAAGUCAAAAGGGAAUUUAAAAUUAAAUGUCUUGUGGAAAUUAAGCACACUAUGAGUCAUCAGCACUGUUUCUAGGUGACCCAAGGGAUGAGGAUUUGAUUUUAAUGACAAUCUGUUAAGGUUGAGUUUAGCUUGCAGUGAACUAAGAAAGGACCUGGAUCUGCUUACAUGGGGACCGAGCUGCUCCAAAGAAUGAGGGUAGAUUAUCCUCGGGCAGAGAUAAGACUCAGUGUGUGUGUAUGUCCAUGCAAGCACAGGCUUCUCUUCCAGCCACUGAGGAGUGGACGGCACCAAGUGAGUGCUGAGACAGCGUCUGUUGUCUCACUAAAAUGAAGCACAGCACGGUAUUUUGAAAGGACAAAAUGUGAUCAACUGCGUGACCGAAGGCAGUGCAACUACAACGACAACCAGCCACUCUUGGAGGGUCAGCAACACACUCUGCUCUAGAGAAACGGUUAUUAUCGGUCCAAUCCCUCAGUGUCAGGGUUAGCGUAUCAGAUAGAGCGAGGCAAAUGAAGUUUGUAUAUUUCACUUUCUUAGAAAUUGUCUUCAGCAUUCAUACUUAAGGAUUGUCUGACUAGGGAAGUAGCAUGUACACUAAUCUUAUAUGUACGUGUAUAGUUAAUGAAACUGUACAACAACUGAAGGGCAAUCUAAAUUUGUUUCUCUGGAACACUAAAUAUUAAAGCCCUCAGGUAUUUUUAAUAACAAAUAUGCCAAAAUUAUAACCUAGUUAUCAGUCAGAAGAACAGACUUUGGUUUCAGUUUCAUCAAGAAACAGCUUGACCUUUUGACUCCUUACUUUCGUACCUGAAUUAUGAGACUAAAUCCUGUCAUCUAAGCAUAAAAUGAAAUACAAUACUUUUUAUUUAUUACUGUAAUAUUUCAAAACCUUAGGGUUCAAGUGUAUAGUUUCCUUCUGCCCAUCUAUGCAAAUUACACUUAUUUCCACAAUGAAAUUCAACCAGGGAAGGAAAAAAUGUAAGUACAAAAGUAUUACUUUGUUUAAUUCUUACAACACAUGUGGAACAGCUACACUUAUGUGCAUUGCUCAGGUGGGUAAAUUGGAGCUUAGUAAGAAUUAAUGGCUUCUCCAACAAAUGACAUGUUAGAGUUGGUAAAUUGUAAUCUUUAUUUUAAUCAAAGACUCCAAAAUUCAUGCUUUUUUCUAGUAUAUGAUACUCUUUUUUUUUAACUGAAUGUCCUACAAUGUAAAAGAUAGACUUCUUAAUCAGUAUGUUUAAGAUGUGAAUUAGUCUUUCUGUUAUUUGGUUUUCCAUACAUAGAAGUCUUUAAAACAACUGUCAUCCUCACCCAAUAUGCCAUGGGCUAGCAGACAGAACUUAUUAAACUAUAUUUAUUAUGACUAUGUUUUUCCCUGUACAAGUUUGCUGCUGGAUGGCAGUAAUGGGGUUAAAUAUCAUCCAGGCAUUUAUCAGGAGGUAGAAUAACCAGUCACAGAUGCCACCUUCUUUAGCCUUACAUAUAAAGUGUGUCAUCCCUAAUGUUCCAAAUUAUAAUGUCCAUCCAUGUAUGUUUUGAAAGAGUGUUGUAUGUGACAAGUGGAACUUGGUCCCAGUUUCUAGUCCUAGUCUCCCUUUUGAUAACUGAUUUAUUUCCACUUGUCUGGAAGGACAGGGAGUCUUGGAGGAUGAAAUAGCAUACUUUCUAAUUAGCAUUUACUUACCUGCCCUUUUUCUCUUUUAGUGGAAAACUGAAAAAGACACAUAGAACUCAAUGUUGCCUUUCCUUCUGUAGACGUAAGCUGUUCUGAGGCCUGUAAUAUGUAGUAUGCACUUUGUUGCCUUAGUUACUGACAUUAGAUUAGGGUGGGCUUUUAUUUUAAGGUUAUUUCUAAGACAUUUAUAAUGUAUUAUAUAAAGUAUGUUCAUAUUUCUAUGUACUAUUCUUAUUCUUGCCUUCAGUUCUAUUUAUUAGAAGUGUGGAAGGCAGGGAAUAAACACUGGAAACAAGCAGCAUAAUUCUAUAUUAGAAUCUAUACAGCACUUUUCUCACAUAUAAAUAUAUUCAGUUACUGCUGCAGUCAUCAACAUUGUGUUAAUUUUACAUUCUAGAUGGCUGAGGGUUAAAAUAGUUAAAAUUUACUCAGCACCACAAAGCCAGAUCCAUUAAAUUCAGGAGUUUAAAGAUAAGUCUUGCAACUCCUUGUUCAAGGAUCCUGCACUCCAAUAUACACUAGUAUGUUGUGGUGAAGUGAGGGAUGUCCCUGGGUGUGUUGCUACUUAUUACUUAUGUGCAUGAGAAAUUGCCUAUCAUUUGAGCCUUUAUUUACAGCACACACACACACACACACACACACACACACACACACACACACACAGACACACACACAGACACACACACAGACACACACUAUAGUAAGGAAUUAUUCUACCUCUCAAAGCUGUUCAAUAUUAACAAGAUAACAUGUCUAGCCAUGAGCACUGUGCAUGGUCCCCACAAUCUCAAUAGACAGUUGUCACUAGGGCAUAACAUUUUCAUAAGAAGGGAAUAGGCAUAGCAAUAACUAAUCUUCAGUUAGUAGAAGAAAAGAGGUGGUGUAUAUGAGAUAAGGUGAUUGUGACCAUCUGACAUUGAAGGGGAAAAAAGCACAGGAAAAGUGAUAGAAAAAAUGUAGUCAAGGUGGCAGUCACUAAAGUCAUAGAAUCUUGAAGUAACCUCUGUGCAACAAAACAGAAUUGACCAUAAACUGGAGAUACCGUUAGUUUCAGUUCCCAGUUCCAUGUUACUCGAUGACAUUUUUCUGUUUCUCUGGGAUAAAAUGGUAAGAGUAGGGUGAUUUUAACAAAGCUUAUUUUUCCCAGUUCGAAUACCUGCUAUUCGACACGUUUCAGUUUCUCCGAGGGUAAGGUCUUUUUUUCUUUUGGGUUGUUGUAUAGUAAACAGUUGGCAGAGGGUUUUUUCUUUUUGUAGAAAGGUCUUUUCUAGUAAAAAGAAAAUGGCAGCUAUGUCUGUUCUUUUCAUUGACUUCUAUUUAUUUCAAAAUCCUAAGGCCUAGAAAUUAUGAAAUGGCUUAUCUUUAAGUUUUCCUUAAGUUUGGGAACUUAAUCUUCUAGAUGGUAAAAGGAAACCAUAUAAACGGUUCAGUAGAGAAUCGAACAUAGUGUUCCAAAGGAGACAUUGCACCGUUUAGUUUUAAUUGUCAAGUUAAAGUCAUCAAGAAUGAACUGGGAAGAGUGCCUCAAAGAAGGGUUUCUGGAACAGCUCGUCCUGUGGGUUUGCCUGUGGCAGUUGUCUUGACAUAUUAAUUGAUGUGGGAAAACCCAACCUAAAAGUGGGCAGCACUGUUCCCUGGGUUUGGUCCCUGAAUUCUUACAUAGAAGACUACAGGAAACAAGCUGAGGAGUAAGCUAACAUUGAUCCCUUCUCUCUGCGCUCUUGUGUGUGGAUAUGAUAUCACUAGAUGUUGUCAGUCUCCUGUGUAAAGAUGGAGUAAGUUGGAGUUAUGAACGAAGCCCUUUAACAUAAACCCUUUCAAGCCCUUAAAUUGCUUUUUCUCUAGGUAUUUUGAAAUAAAAGCUGGGUGGAAAUCAACGCGUUAGUUUCUAAUAGUUGAGAGUUUUUGACAGAAUUUAGUUGUUAUUCAGUAGGGAAUUAUGAUCGCUGAUAGAAAUGACAUGGAGAUUGUUGUCAUCCAGCAUAGAGAAAACAUGCUAGAAGCUUCAGCAUAAUGUAUAGAUUUGUAAAGAAUUAUCUAUCUAGCGUUUGUUUGGGGAUAGUUGAGAAGCAAGACAAAAGCCUGGCUAGCAAGAAAGGUUAUACACAAAGAGUAGCUCUGGAAAGUUUGUACCAAGAUAGACAGAGGCCCCCAAAUCAGAUCAUUUUGGAGUCAAACAAGGGUAUAUGGAACUCUUUAAAAUGUUACAGAAUUGUGUCUUUCUCCUGAUGUCCUAAGGCUGGAUGUAACUAUUGAAUUUCAGUGGGUAGGCUAGAAAUGGUAUUCAUCAGCAAUUAAGUUUGUUUUGUUGGUUUUGGUUUAUUAUUGUAUACAAGUCUUAAUGUAAAUAUUUAACAUUAAAUGCUAGUUAAAGUAACCAGGCCACCAAAGCAUUGACCAGAAAAGUCAUCAGUAGAAUUGUAAAAACUCACAAUUUAGCAGAUUCUCAACAUGUUCAGUUUACUUUAGUUGAAUGAAUACUUUUGACACAUAAUAAUUAUAGACAUCUAAUGGUUAUGCUUUAUUUCUUUGAAACAAUUUUCCAGUGGUCUUAAUUCAUGUUGCUUCCAAAAUUCAUUAACUGUAAGCCAAAGUGUGUUUGGGACUUUGGAAAAUUUAGCUUUCUGUUAAGAAGAUACAGUUUCUUUUAAUUCUGAAUAUGCUAAAUGAGCUAAGAGCUUUUCAAAAUAAGUACUUCCUGAAGGAGAUGGCCAGAAAGCUGUUAAUAACUAAGAAAACAAAUCAGUGAACAGAUACUCAAAAUACAAUUUACUCCGACAAAAUUAUUCUUGUGAGCGGUGGAAGGUCUGAGUGUGUUGAGCAGGGUUUGUUUACUACCGCCAUGUGUCCUAGAUGUUUCCUGAGAGCCCACUAUGUGCCUGAGUCCAGGGAUACAGAGAAGCCUCUGAUCACCAAGCUGUCCCCAUUCCCAUGGGGAGUCAGUACUCUUAAAAAUGACAGUGGUUUGUACUGAACUUAGGCCUGUCUUAUCCCAACCCCAGGAGUAUAAACAUAGCUUUAAGGACAUAGAGGUAUUAGAAAUUUUAAUGAACGAGUGGAAGCAGGUAUUAAGGCUACAGCCAAUAGUUAAUCCAUGGUAUAAUUUAGUUUUAGAAACCAUCUCUAAGUGAUCUGAUUUGGGGUUUCUCUGCUAGCUUCAUUCUGUGUAAUCAUAGUUUGCGAAGGUUCCACAUUUUGAUUGGCAGUGCGUCCUCAGGGAAUGUUUGCUGAAGGCGAUUUAGUCCAGACCUAAGUGGGUUGGCCAAGUCUUUCUGGCUGAAGAAAGGAAAGUAGGUUGCUAUUACAGUGCUUACUGACCUCUGACACUGCCCAGUGUGCCUCACCAUGGAGGGGUGGGGUGGGGAUCCACUCUCUGCAGUCAACUGUCAUCUGUCUGUUUAAUCAAGGAAUGCCCGGGAUGCUCCCAUUUACCCAUUUUUCAUAAAGUAAGUCCCUUCAUCUGCCAAAGUAGAGGACUUGUUAUGUCCCAGACAGAAGCUGAGAGUGGGACUGGGUGUGGCUGCCUGUGACUGUGGCUAGGUUGCUUUCCCCUUGUGCUAGGAUGGGACUCAGGAUAAUUUUCAAGCCAUUGAGGGUGGGAAUACAAAGAGCAGAGGUUUGCAGUGCAUCCGGAAGUCCAGGAUGAUCUGUAUUCAAGAGCUACAAGCAAGCACACUGUACUUUUGACUGGGGGCUGGACUUGACAUCCCUAGAACUCCUUUCUACAUCAGAAAGACAUACUCCUCCUUUGAGUCUGAGGGUUGUUGGCGAGGAGACAUUGGAGAGGCAUCUUUACUUUUGCAGUGGAAUACAUUGGCCAAGGAGUGAGUCAAAUGUACAUAAAGAGCCUUAUCAUCCAAGUGCAGGCCAUGGGUUGCCAAAGCCAAUAACGUAUAUGGGAAACUCAGGACUCUCCCUCACACAUCAGAGCAGGACCAUGGAGCAUACUGAUUCUUUGCUGACUCUCCUGACUAGGAAGUCCUUUGACCUGGGAAUGCUGUCCCUUCUUCUCCACCUCGGACUCCUAUUCUCCUUUUCAGGAGAAGCUUCUUUCUGGCUGUCUUGCAAGGUUCAGAUGUCUGCACACCUAGGCAUGGACUCUUCUUUGCUUUUGUGCCUUGGCAACAAUUUCAGUGCCCAUCAUAAAACCAUUUACAACCUAACAACAUUUACUGCUUCAACCCAAAAAGGAAGGCACAGAGUGGACAGUAUGCAAGAAAUAGUCAGGACAGACUGUCCCUCAGGCAGUGAAGGGCCUUCCCCAGAGCCUACUGGGGAGGGGACUUGAAAAUAAGCUCUUACUCAAGAUGGUACCACAGUGCUGUUUCAGUCCCACUGGCCGCUUCCUGACCCUAGCGGGUUAAAUCAGUAGGGCACAACAGCCACCCCUCCCCCUUCUCCUCCCCCCCCCUUACCUUUAAAAAGUUAAAAAAUGUCUGCAGUCAAAUCUCUUAAAGGGGCGGUGCUGGUGAACAGUACUCUUGGCACGAGUUGCUGAGAAGGCUGGCUAGGGGCGUGAGUUCGCUCCACCAGUACCAAAACACUGAAAAAAAAAUGCGAGCAAGCGAGCAAGAGCGAGGGAGCGAGGGCGAAAGAGAAUAGGGGGGGUAAGGAGGGGGGGCAGAUAGACACACACUUUAGAUAAGGACAAUUAGUCACCAUCGAGAUCCAGUAGGGAGAGAAGUUUAAAUCAGAGGGAUAAUGAGGGUGCUCUGUGCUUUCCCUGAAGCCAUGUCCUCCAGCAGCUCCCGCCCCCCCUCGUGCCUAGCCCUGGUGGCUCUCUUCUUGGCUCUGCUUCUCCCUCUCUCCCUUUCCUUCCACGCUGGAAACAGGAGACCUUUGCCUGUAGACAGAGCUACAGGGUUGAAGGAAAAGACCCUGAUUCUACUUGAUGUGAGCACCAAGAACCCAGUCAGGACAGUCAGUGAGAACUUCCUCUCUCUGCAUCUGGAUCCGUCCAUCAUUCAUGAUGGCUGGCUCGAUUUCUUAAGCUCCAAGCGUCUGGUGACCCUGGCCCGGGGACUCUCGCCCGCCUUUCUGCGCUUCGGGGGCAAAAGGACGGAUUUCCUGCAGUUCCAGAACCUGAGAAAUCCGGCGAAAAGCCGCGGGGGCCCGGGCCCGGAUUACUAUCUCAAAAACUAUGAGGAUGACAUUGUCCGGAGUGAUGUUGCCCUGGACAAACAGAAAGGCUGUAAGAUUGCCCAGCACCCUGAUAUCAUGCUGGAGCUCCAGAGAGAGAAGGCGGCGCAGAUGCAUCUGGUUCUUCUGAAGGAGCAAUACUCCAAUACUUACAGUAAUCUCAUAUUAACAGAACCCAAUAACUAUCGGAGCAUCCACGGCCGGGCAGUAAAUGGCAGUCAGUUGGGAAAGGAUUACAUCCAGCUGAGGAGCCUGCUGCAACCCAUCCGGAUUUACUCCAGAGCCGGCUUGUACGGCCCCAGUAUUGGACGGCCCAGGAAGAACGUCAUUGCCCUCCUGGAUGGAUUCCUGAAGGUGGCAGGAAGCACAGUAGAUGCGGUUACCUGGCAACAUUGCUACAUUGAUGGCCGGGUGGUCAAGGUGAUGGACUUCCUGAAAACUCGCCUGUUAGAUACACUCUCUGACCAGAUUAGGAAAAUUCAGAAAGUGGUCAACACAUACACUCCAGGAAAGAAGAUUUGGCUGGAAGGCAUAGUGACCACCUCAGCUGGAGGCACAAACAAUCUGUCAGAUUCCUACGCUGCAGGAUUCUUAUGGCUAAACACUUUAGGAAUGCUGGCCAAUCAGGGCAUUGAUGUCGUGAUACGACAUUCAUUUUUCGACCACGGAUACAACCAUCUGGUGGACCAGAACUUUAACCCAUUACCAGACUAUUGGCUUUCUCUUCUUUACAAGCGUCUGAUUGGCCCCAAAGUCCUGGCAGUGCAUGUAGCUGGGCUCCAGCGGAAGCCUCGGCCAGGAAGAGUCAUCCGAGACAAACUAAGGAUCUAUGCUCACUGUACAAACCACCACAACCACAACUAUGUCCGUGGCUCUAUCACACUUUUCAUCAUCAACCUACAUCGAUCAAGAAAGAAAAUCAAACUGGCUGGGACUCUCAGGGACAAGCUCGUGCACCAGUAUCUGCUGCAGCCCUAUGGGCAGGAAGGCCUAAAGUCCAAGUCAGUGCAGCUCAAUGGCCAGCCCUUAGUGAUGGUGGACGACGGGACCCUUCCAGAACUGAAGCCCCGCCCCCUGCGGGCCGGCCGGACAUUGGUCAUCCCUCCGGUCACCAUGGGCUUUUAUGUGGUCAAGAAUGUCAAUGCUUUGGCUUGCCGUUAUCGAUAAGUCGCCCUGCCCUCUGUUCCUGAGCUACUGGUGGGCCUGCUGGACUGCUCUCUACUCUUCCACACCUGUAGCGCCCUUAUUCCUCAGACACCCUCUUGGCCAACCAGCCUCUACCCCCAUGCUGCUGGGGGCAACAUAGACUCUCCAAAGGCAGACGAAACGUCAUAGUGUGGGCUUAGUCUAGUAGGUGGCAUCUACUCCUAAGGAAAAUGUAGACCUCUGUUUCUAUGUAAAGAUAAAGACGUGUGUCUGUUUACACACAAACAGCUGACAGCAAGCUUCCAGUGCAGUGUUUCCAAACCAACUGCCUGCGGUCCUGACCACACAGCACUGUGACUCACUGCAAACCCCAGGCCCUAGCCUAUGGCUGCUACCCUCAGCAGAGGUUGGGGGGAGCAGGGUGUGUGUGUGUGUGUGUGUGUGUGUGUGUGUGUGUGUGUGUGUGUGUGUGUGUGUGUGUGCAAAUCUAAUCCUCUUCUAACUCCUCCUUUGUCUGUUUCCUGCUGCUGCCUCGGGUUUCCUGACACCUCUCUUCCCAUAGGGAGCUAAUGGGUGAGUCAGCUCUGGCCUGCUGGGUGAGCUGUUUAUAUAAUUUCCUGGCUGAUGUAUGAAUGUGUGCAUCUGGGUUUCUGACAGUGGCAUCCAUCACUGGCUAGUCCUCUGGGAACGGGUGCUUCACAAGUAGAAUUACAGUCAUACUCUAAAGUUAGUAAGGUUCUAUUCCUCUGUGAAUCUAGACUCCCUCCAGCUUGGAAUGGGAGUCAGGUAACAAUAUUCAUUGAGUGGAGAGCAAUGCAUUAGUCUCCACAAGAAGAAAUCAUCAUUCUUCAUGCUGCCAGAGGGAGAGAGUUGUAGUACAAAGAAAAAGCUCAUGGAAACAUCAAACACACACACACACACACACACACACACACACACACACACACACACACACUGAUCCAACAAAGCAGUUUAGGCCUUGCCCUCAAACUGAAAGGAUUUCAAAGACUCAAGACAGUAAGAAGGCUGUAGUUGUUCGAUUGACCGAAAACCGUGUAGAAGAAGAAGGCGGCAUGAAUGAAGUCACUCACAGCCGACCCAUUCUGCCUCUUCUCACAUAACCGAGUCUUAGUGCAUUCACUAGGAAGAAAGAUUAAAAGUGACCAUUCCGUCCUACUCAGGUGGGUGUGCUUAAGCAUGGUGCGAAGUUGGCUCUAUUAAGGAAGAAUGGGGAACUGGUCUGAAAGCAAAGCAGAUAAAUGGUUGGUGGAAGGCUUCUGAGUCGGGCGGACAGGGGAGGGACUUAGAGUCCACGGCUGGGACCUUUACUUGGCUACAGGGUAUGGGAGUCUUUAGAGACAAGCUGCAGUCACACUGACUUUCUGUGGACAGGACUGACCUCAGGAAACAAAAGCAUGUGAAUGAUGCCACCUUCAAGGAGAAAGGGGACCCUUGACACUCCUAGGUGCCAGACAAGUCAGGGCACCAUUUUGGUGUGAACAGACAGGCCUGGGGAAGCAGCGGAGACAUGUCUAAGAUGCCCAGAGAAAGGGUUUAGUCCCGUUUGCAAAGUGAGAGGCAAGACGAAGGUUAGACAGCAAGGUGCCCCAAGACUUUCGGCUUUCAGAGCUAGGAACUUGGUAGAGGGGAGCCACCCAUCUGAUUCUCCCUAGAAGGAAGACAGUGGGAUUGGAUUUCAGUGUGCUCAUUUUCAGUAUAGGAAGAGCAUCACACAGUCGGCACACUAGGGCGUGCAAGAACAGAAGACUGAAGGCAGGCUGGACCCGUCAAUGGUCAGCUCAGAAACAUCUGGAAAUGGUGGCCCAUGAGCCUGCUCACCCAGCGAGACACCCAGGGAGCUUCCCUUCCCAGGCACCUUCCAUGUAAGCUCUAGCACACACAGAAAGUACUGGCACUAGGGGUUGGAAGGAAGAGAGGAAGGAAGGAAGGAGGGAGGAAGGAAGGAAGGAAGGAAGGAAGGAAGGAAGGAAGGAAGGAAGGAAGGAAGGAGGGAAGGAACGAAAAGAAGAGAAAAACAGGUGGACCAAAGUCAGGAAGAAUGUGGGAAGGGAAAAGAGACAGACUUUUUCCUUGAACAUGUGUAAGAAUCUCUUCUAAGUCCUUGUCUGGGGGCAGCUGCCGGGCCCCUGAUUACAGUGAGGUGAUCAGAACCCCUGAUGCCAGGCCCUGGGCUAAUUUGCUUUACAUAAUAAAGUUACUGUGGUUAUCCCAAGUACUUGUGGGGUGUGGGAAGGGUCCCUAGGCUGCCAGUGUCACCCAGUGAAAUGCGUUUGUUUAGGAGUCAUCCAGAGCCUACCUAGUCCCAAGCUCAGUGGCCUUUCCUGUCACAGACUUGCCCCUCACCUGGUGGACUGCUCAGUAUAGCCAAGACUUCCAGAGCCCCACACAAGCACAUUUUCUGUAAAUAGGGUUAAUUCUUCACUAAGCCUCCCAGAAUGUAGGUCAUUUUUUGCUGCCUUUGUCUUUCUCUGUGAAUUAAAUGCUGCACCCAA